UAGAAUUAGAGAAAAUGUUUAUAAAUCAUAUAUCUGAUGUGGGACUUAUAUCUAGAAUACAUAAAGAACUCUUAACAACUCAAUAAGAAAAGACAAUCCAAGGAUGAUAUACAAAUGGGCAGUAUGUACAUGAAAAGAUGCUCAACAUCAUUAGUCAUCAGGGAAAUGGAAAUCAAAACCACAACGAGAUAGAUACCAGUUCCCACACCUUAUGAUGGUCAAUCCAAGUCACCUAACAAGUCCUGAUGAAGAAGUGGAGACAUCAGAACCCUCAUAUACUACUGGUGGGAGUAUAAAACAGUGCAGCCACUUUGGAAAACAGUCCGGCAGGGCUUUUAUAUCUGCCCACCUCUCAUUUUUGAACUGUGGUCACUAAAUGCCCAUGUUUUUCUUCAAUUGGAUGGGAAUGGAGGACAGUGACUCUUGAUCAGGGAGCACCGCUGCAGCAGAUCAGAGGAGCAGGAACCGGAGCCUGGGCUGAGUUCAUAAAAAGCAGGAUCUGGACAGUGUGGCUCCAGAUGGAGGAGCCAGAGGAACCUGUGGACAGUGGGCAGUCACUGCCCCCAGUUUACAUCUACAGUCCCGAGUAUGUCAGCAUGUGCGAUUCCCUGGCCAAGGUCCCCAAACGGGCCAGUAUGGUACAUUCUUUGAUUGAAGCAUAUGCACUGCACAAGCAAAUGAGGAUAGUUAAGCCCAAAGUGGCCUCCAUGGAGGAGAUGGCCACCUUCCACACGGAUGCCUAUCUGCAGCACCUCCAGAUGGUCAGCCGAGAAGGAGAUGACGAUCAUCCGGAUUCUACGGAGUAUGGCCUGGGCUAUGACUGUCCAGCUACCGAAGGGAUAUUUGACUACGCGGCAGCUGUGGGAGGGGCUACGAUCACAGCUGCCCAGUGCCUGAUUGAUGGAAUGUGCAAAGUAGCCAUUAACUGGUCCGGAGGGUGGCAUCACGCAAAGAAAGACGAAGCGUCUGGGUUUUGUUAUCUCAAUGAUGUUGUCCUGGGAAUAUUACGAUUGCGACGGAAAUUUGACCGUGUUCUCUAUGUGGAUUUGGAUCUGCACCAUGGAGAUGGUGUAGAAGAUGCCUUCAGUUUCACCUCCAAAGUCAUGACCGUGUCCCUGCACAAAUUCUCCCCGGGGUUUUUCCCAGGAACAGGUGAUGUGUCUGAUGUUGGCCUAGGGAAGGGACGGUACUACAGUGUGAAUGUGCCCAUUCAAGAUGGCAUACAGGAUGAGAGGUAUUACCACAUCUGUGAAAGUGUACUGAAGGAGGUGUACAUGGCCUUUAACCCCAAAGCGGUGGUCUUACAGCUGGGAGCUGAUACAAUAGCUGGGGAUCCGAUGUGCUCCUUUAACAUGACUCCGGUGGGAAUUGGCAGGUGCCUUAAGUACAUCCUUCAGUGGCAGUUGGCAACGCUCGUUUUGGGAGGAGGAGGCUAUAACCUUGCCAACACAGCUCGAUGCUGGACAUACUUGACUGGGGUCAUCCUCGGGAAAACACUCUCCUCUGAGAUCCCAGAUCAUGAGUUUUUCACAGCAUAUGGUCCUGAUUAUGUGCUGGAAAUCACGCCAAGCUGCCGGCCAGACCGCAAUGAGCCCCACCGAGUCCAGCAAAUCCUCAGCUACAUCAAAGGGAAUCUGAAGCAUGUGGUCUAGUGGACACAAAGGGAUCAGGUUUCCAGAGCCAAAGAGCAGUGCCUAUAAAUGAAGGCAGCAUGUUUAUGCGAGCCGUGUGUGGAAUUUGUGACUUCAGGGGAAAUUUGGAAGAAAUUAAUUCUUGAAAAUUUCCAAGGAGCACCAAGUGGCUGCUGGCCUCCUGGGGUGAGGCAGGGAGGUACCCCGGAGGCUCAACUAGCCCUAGAGGAAGAGUGAGAUUUUCAACAUUAAAAGUGUUUAUUUUUUAGACAAACAUAAGUACCAUUUUUAAUCUUUGAAUAUUAUUUUUAAGCAAGUUGGGGAGGGGGUAUUUUUAUUUUCUUAAAGGAGACAGAUCAGAAACUGGGAGAAAGCAUGGAUGUGUAGUGGGUUAGGGGGGAGCUGAGAGGUAGGGUUUGGGCGUCAGGACCACCCAGGUGAUUCCUUGGUGAAGGGAAAUGAUAGUAGAUUGGGAGGUAGGAAGAAGUCCACCUCUGUUAUUUUUAGGAUCAUUGAUCUAUUUUUUUAAAAAUAUAUUUGUAUUGAUAUUUAGAGAGAGAGGAAGGGCGAGGGAGAGAGAGA